UGACAUUAUAAUUUUUAAAUUAAACUCCCGCCAAAAAAAUUGGGCAAAUUACAAAAAAAAUACAAAAGUAUUGGAAUUCGACAUUCGAAGACCCACAAAAGAGAAAAAGAAGAAGAAAACAUUCGUAGUUUUACUAUCUCAUCAUUAUAUCGUACAUAGUGACAUAAUUAUAUCGGUUAAGUUACAGAUUAUAGUAUUAUCCUUAUUUCAUAAAUACUACAUAUUAAAACCUCAAUAACUAAGCACAAAGCACAGAACAUAUAUUUCGUAUAUACUCUCUACCGACGAGGCACGAAGCAAGCAACAGCAGAUAGCAAUGGAAAUAGAAAAUAGUAACCCCACAUUUUAUUUUCCAUUUCAACCUUAUGCUAUCCAAGAAAAAUUCAUGAGAGAAUUAUAUUUUACUUUGGAAAACGGAAAACAUGGUAUCUUUGAGAGUCCUACUGGAACUGGUAAAUCCUUAAGCAUAUGCUGUUCUGCUUUGCAAUGGUUAAAAGACUACAACAAAAAAGUUAUUUGUGAUCUGGAAAAUCAAAUAAAGACAUUGCAACAAGAAUUAUUGACUGUUACAGAUGAUAAAGAUUGGCUUGUAGCCGAAUAUGAAAAAAUACAGAAAAACCAAUCAUUAGCUUCCCUUCAACUUAAAUUAGAUAAAAUAAAAAAGUAUAAUGAAAAAUUUGUUGAGAUGAAGGUGAGGGUUGAGAAACAAAAAAACAAUUCAGAACGAAAGCCUAAAGAGUUUAAUUUCCAAAAUGUGGAUAAAAGUAAAACAGUUGAAUUUGAUAGUACUGACAAUGUACCCCAUGAUGAUGAAGAUGCAGAUCUUAUCCUUGAUGAAAUUGAUGAUAAAGAAGAAAAUGAGACAGAUGAGGAUGUAUCGGAACAAGAAGAGGAAGAUACUACUAAAAUAUACAUAAGUAGUAGAACUCAUAGCCAGUUGUCACAGUUUGUAGGUGAAAUCAAAAGGACAGUGUUUAAGGAUAACACCCGAGUAGUAACUUUAGCUUCCAGACAGCACUACUGUAUUAACCCUAAUGUUUCAAAGUUGAAAAAUAUUAAUCUGAUCAAUGAAAGGUGUCUUGAUAUGCAAAAAUCUAAAUCUAAAGCAACAGCCACAGCAGAAGACGGUAAAGUCAUAAAAAAAACAAAAACAAAGUCGUGUGCAGCCUGUCCAUAUUACAGUCAGUCCAACAUUGAUAAAUUGAAGGAAAAAAUAUUGUGUGAUAUAAUGGACAUGGAAGACCUAGUGAAAAAUGGAAAGGAAACGAAGGCUUGCCCUUAUUAUGCAAGUAGAGCAGCGCUGAAAGAUGCCGAGGUGGUGCUGGUGAGCCACGCGUGGUUGUCGGUGGGACAGGGGGCGGGACAGGGGGAGGGCCGCGUGGGGCCGCGCGCCGUGCUGGUGGUCGACGAGGCGCACGCGCUGCCCUCCGCGCUGGCCCGCGCCUGCGCCUGCACCCUACCCGGCGCGGCGCUGCGGCGCACCGAGCGAUGCCUGCACCAGUACCGGCGCCGGUACCGGGCCCGCAUGGCGCCGCGGGGGUGCCUGCACCUCACGCGCCUGGCCUACCUGCUGCGACACCUGCGAGGUAUGAUAGACAAAGAGAAGAAUGACGGUGACGGUGAGGAGUCUGAUGAGGCGGUAGUAUACACUCCCCAAGACUUCGCUGUGGAAGCUCAGAUAGAUCAUUUGAAUUUGGGAGAUACUAUAGAGUUCUGUAAAAGCACGAAGCUAGCGCGCAAGUUACACGGAUUCUCCCAGAGAUAUAAGCUUCAGGAUUUAGAAGAGGAAGAGAAAGAAACGACAACCAAUAAUUUAACCGACAAAAAGAAAUCUUUCGAGAACUUCUUGAAAAAUAUUUGUAACAAAAAGACUGAAGUGCAAACAAAGGAGGAGCAAAGUGUCCCAAACCAUGCGGAGCAGGAUGUCCUGAAGAAUAGAGGCGAGGAGGAGUCGGAUAUGUCUGCGGGCACAUGCCUGUACGGCGUGCUGGAGUUCCUGCAGAUGCUGAGGUCUCCCAGCGACUGCGGCCGCGUGGUGCUGAGACGAUCGUGCUCUCUGCAGUACUUACUGCUGGAACCCGCGCGACGGUUCCAGCACAUCGCGGGACGGUGCCGCUCCGUGAUAGUGGCGGGCGGCACCAUGGAGCCAGUCUCAGAGUUCGUGGAGUUGCUGACGGGCGGAGUGGUUAGCGGGGAGCCUAGUGGGGAGCCUAGCGGGGAGCCUAGCAGGGAGCCUAGCGGGGAGCCUAGCGGAGAGCCCAGCGGGGAGCCUAGCGGGGAGCCUAGCAGGGAGCCUAGCAGGGAGCCUAGCGGGGAGCCUAGCGGAGAGCCCAGCGGGGAGCCUAGCGGGGAGCCUAGCAGGGAGCCUAGCAGGGAGCCUAGCGGGGAGCCUAGCGGAGAGCCCAGCGGGGAGCCUAGCGGGGAGCCUAGCAGGGAGCCUAGCAGGGAGCCUAGCGGCCAGCCUAGGUCGGAGUGUGUCGGCGUGGUAGUGGUGCGGUGCGGUCACGUGGUCCCGGCGCACCACGUGGUGGCGCUGGCGCUGAGCUCGGGCCCCGCGGGCAACACCCUCACGCUCAACUAUCAACAACGACAGACUGCGGAUACGCUGAGCUCGAUAGGCUGCAUCCUUCGGAACGUGUGCCGCGUGGUCCCCGCGGGCGUGGUGUGCUUCCUGCCCUCGUACGAGUGCGAGCGGGUCCUGUACGACCACAUCAACAGUACCGGGGACCUGCGCGCCAUCCGCGCCAGGAAGGCCGUCUUCCGGGAGCCCAAGUCUGCCGCCGACGUCGAACAGGUCCUGAGCGGGCACGCUGCGGCGGCUAGCGGCGGCGGCGGCGGGUCGCUGCUGCUGAGCGUGGUGGGCGGCAAGCUCAGCGAGGGGCUCAACUUCAGGUCGAGCCGUCCGUCACGCGCAAGAUUACGCGUGUGUGUUGCUGGUGGACUCGCGGUACUCUCGGCCAAGGAUUGUGGGAGCGCUGCCCUCCUUCGUGCGGAAUUCAUUAAUCACAAACUGCACCUUCGGGAAAGCGAUCGGUCACAUUGCCAAAUUUUUCAAGGAGCACAAAGCACAGAAAAGCAAACAUUGAAUAAAAUAAAUUGUAUAUUUACUACUUAUUAGUUUAAUUGAAUGAACCCAUUGUUUCUAAUAAAUUUUAAAUCACACUAUGCUUAAUAUUUUACUCUUAUUACACCACUAGUAAUUGAAAAAUCAAAAUAUACUUUUCAUUGUUUUAAAAAAUAAAUAAUUUCCUAUUUCAUUGGUUAACCUCACUGACAACACAAAUUAUUACAGUGUUCCAACGACAUCAUUUACUUAAUAAUUAAUGUUUAAUGCUUAAGUUAUAUGUACAAAAAUAUAGUACAAUAAUCAUUUUAACUAAUGAUUUAAAGCCAAAGGCAGAGUAGUCCCGCAAGGACCUUCAAAGUAAUAAUGGAAGUCUGGAGUAGCUGGUGUUGUCUCCAGAUUGAAUUCAGCCACUAUAGCUCCUCUGGCUGCUGCCUGCGGUGCAAACAUUGCUGCCGGGUACACUACAGAUGAUGUGCCUACUACUAAGCAAACAUCACAGCUCUCCAUUGCAGCCUCUACAAACCAGAUUUUAAAUGCAUUAAACUCAAAACAUAUCUUUGGAAAUUACUAUAAACUGGGUAAACAAAUAAGAUAAGAUGUAGAAUUUAAUUGUCAUAAUAGAUACUAUACUAGAAAUGGAAUUAAAUGCACCUGCUUUGUUUAACACUUCAGUCUCCAAACUCUCUCCAAACCAAACUAUAUGUGGUCUUAAUAAGCCUCCACAUCCUGGUUUCUUACAAUGCGGUAGUACCUUUACUGGUAUAUCAGAGCCCACUACCUUAACAUCUGGUGCACCUCUAUUUGCUAAAGCCUGCAAACAGAAUAAUAUUGUUUAGAACCCUUGGUAAGUUAUUAUUAAU